GCGCGAUCGCCUUGCAUGGAACAGCUCACACGAAAUCUAGUCCCACCGUACAAGGGGACGAGAUAUUGGCCGAACUAGCAGGGCCGGCCUUGGGCUAUAAAUGCGUCCGGCUCCCAGCGCCGGACCUGUGGACACCCACCCUUUUUUGCUGUUGUUGUCGCAUUUCGGGACCAGACCCUGUGGAUACUCCAGUUUGAACAGAAUGUAUGCGUCGCUAGCACUGCUUUUGCUCCCACUUGGAGCCUUCUCAUUGCCAUUUGGUAAUUCUUCACAAACACCCGAGGCUUCUUUUGGGGGAAGAUGCGGUAGAAAUCCUUGCGAAGGCGUUCCUAGCACAGGAAACAGCGAUUCCCUAUGCAACAACAAACUCCUGGGACCCAAGGUCUUUACGGCGCCAGAUGACCCCGAGUGGUCUGAAAUGUUCAAGGGAUAUAGCCCUCUCGGCUCUUACUGCCCGAAGGACUUCCUCCGGGAAUUUGCACCUGAUGGCAAACAAUACGAAUAUCCCGAGCAGGACGGCGCGUUGUUGGACUCGGUUGGCGUCCCAGUGACGACAGUAUACACCCUUGAGGAAGGCAUGGAGCUCGAUCGGUUCGGAACUCAAUAUGGAGGCUACUUAGCACCAAGGGACACCCCAUUCUCGUGGAGAUCCAUUCCGCCAAGCAACUUGAACAAGUAUCCCAACAGUCCCGAGUAUAACUACUGGGUAUGGAGGGUCGUCGAAACGUUUAACGUCACGGGUGGGCCAAUCGCGCCGUUCUUUGGGCAACCUGGUUAUGGCUUGCAGUUUUAUCACGAGGGUGGCUUGAAGGAGUUGGAGGAGCAGGGGAUCAUCGAGCUUAUUGAUAUGAAGAAGUACUCCUGCGAUGCCCCGCACAAAGACUCGAAAUAAAAUUGCUGUUUACUAGUCUUAGAAUAAGAUAGCAAUAAUGAACAAUUGAUGCUCUCACCCUCGUCUCACGACUAUUGCGGCUAUGCCUCAAGUUUUAGUAGGAUUCUGACCGUUUUGUGUCCGAGUAAGAAGACUCAGCAGGCACGCAUACAGUAUU